AUGGAUUAUAAUCCAUUUACGCAGAGUUCAAACUUUGUUGAGCUACUUAAUAGCCAACAAAGUAUUUCAUUUGGUAACUACGAAGACAGUACACUAUCUUCAUCUCAAGUUCCUCUUUUACGCACUGAUGAUGUUUGCGAGCGUCGGGAACGAAGAAAGUGGACUCCCACAGAAGAUGUUGUGUUGAUCAGCUCGUGGCUAAACCCGAGUAAAGAUCCAGUGGUUGGCAACAAGCAAAAAUCAGGCGCCUUCUGGAAGAGAAUCGCAGCUUACUUUGGGGCAAGUCCAAAGCUUGUUGGCUGCGAACAGAGAGAGGCUAGUCACUGUAAGCAACGGUGGCACAAGAUUAACGAAUUGGUUUUCAAGUUCUGUGGGUGUUAUGAAGCCGCAACUAGAGAGAAAAGUAGCGGAUGCAAUGAGAAUGAUGUCCUGAAAAGAGCUCAUGAAAUAUUCUACAAAAACCACAAGAAGAAAUUCACCCUUGAGCAUGCUUGGAAGGAGUUAAGGAACGAUCAGAAGUGGUGUGACCUUGCCACUGCCAAAAACGAUGGAGGCUCUAAGAAGAGGAAGUGUGAUGAUGGUGUAGAUUCAUCAAGCUCUCAGGCUACUGAAUCCAAGCGUCCCGACGGUGUGAAGGCUACAAAGGCCCGUGGUAAGGAGACUAUGGCAGAGGAAAAUGCGCUGAAUGAGCUUCAGAGAAUGUGGGACAUUAAACAGUAG